AAGUCGUUAGCUUCACCAUUGACUAAUAAAUGCGAUCUCACUUAUAGUUUUUGUUGAUAGGUGUAGGUUUUACUUUUUUACAUGUAAAUAAUGGCUUUUAGUUCGAAACUCUUAAUGCUAUGUGCUUCUAUAAGUAGAACUUCUUGUGAAGCAUUAUCAUCAUAAGUACAAAGCAAGGUUUUAUAGUUCUGAUACAAUUUUGUGUGAAUUAAGAUGGGAAGUUUAGGCAAGUAUGUUGGAGUAUUUGUUGUUAUAUUUGUGUUGGUGAUGGGAACUUCUGAAUGCCGGAAAUUUAAGAAAGAAGAAUUUGUUGAGAAUUUUGGUGGAGGUGGUGGUUUAGGUGGUGGUGGUGGAGGUGGUUUAAGUGGUGGUGGAUUUGGAGGUGGUGCUGGAGGUGGUAGUGGUGGUGGUCUAGGAGGAGGAAGUGGAGGUGGUUAUGAUGGAGGUCUUGGAGGUGGUAGUGGUGGUGGUUUAGGUGGAGGAGGAGGUUUGGGAGGUGGCAGUGGUGGUGGUGCUGGUGGAGGCUUUGGAGGUGGAUCUGGCGGAGGUAUUGGAGAUGGAGUAGGUGGGGGAAGUGGUGGAGGCUUUGGAGGUGGUGCUGGAAGUGAUGGUGGAGGUGGUGCUGGUGGAGGCUUUGGAGGUGGUGCAGGAAGUGGUGGUGGUGCUGGUGGAGGCUUUGGAGGUGGUGCUGGAAGUGGUGGUGCUGGUGGAGGCUUUGGAGGUGGUGCUGGAAGUGGUGGUGGAGCUGGUGGAGGCUUUGGAGGUGGUGCUGGAAGUGGUGGUGGAGCUGGUGGAGGCUUUGGAGGGGGUGCUGGAAGUGGUGGUGGUGCUGGUGGAGGCUUUGGGGGCGGUACAGGCGGCGGUUUUGGAGGGGGUGCUGAUGAUAGGGUUUAAAUUAAAAUGUUUGGUGUGAUUCUGUUUGAAAUUUAAUGUGUUGUUAUUCACUAGAGUAAUAAAAUAAAAAUAACUCUUUCUAAAAUGUGA